GUUUUGCUUUUCAUUUGUCACAAUAAUGCUGACUCGUCUGUGUCGUGUUGAGCAUUUGUGAAGAUCGUAAAGAUGCAGGAUUCGCAAAGCCUGAACUUCGAGAUCUCAGUGAAGGAAGAGAUCAUCUCAAAGAGUGACGAAGUGUGUCGCUUCUGUGUUGGCAAGACUCCGGAUUAUUCCUCAAUUUUCCAGGAUGAUCUUCACGAAUCCCUGAAAUCUUGCUUUGGAUUGAUGAUUCAGGAGACAGACAACUGGCCAAAGUUCAUCUGCCGGCAAUGCCUGAACUCGGCGAAGACUUGCAUAGACUUCGUGUCGAGAAUCCGCGAAAGCGAGAAGAACCUCAGAGAUCUUUACGGAGAAUGGACAACUUGGAAAGAUAUUGAGAGGAUUGAAAUAAAGCCAGACAUCGAGAUGGUGGAUGUCAAAGAACUCCCCUUACUUUGUGCUGACGUGAAAGCUGAAGUUGAUCAACUGGAGGAAUCAACAACAACCCGGAAGAAACCUCAGAAAAAGACAGUUCUCGAGGAGACUUUGCCCAGAAAAAGAGGACGACCCAGAAAACAUCCUGUGCAAUAUGAAGAUAUUCCAGUAUCCUGUGGUGAUGAUAAAAAAAUGCUAGGAAAACUGGCUGGAAGACGGGGACGUCCGAAAAUCUCAUCUUGUUCUGAGGAUGAAAAGCCAUCAAGUCCCCCUCUAGAAGCUGCACAUGACACCAUGAAGGAAGAGCAGGAGGCCAAGGAAGAAGAUAAGAAUUUAUCAGAAUCUCAAAGCUAUAAGGAAUUAUCGGACGAGAAAUCCAGGAAAAUUGAAGAGUUUUUUAAGAUGGACUGCAAUCAAUGCCCUGAAAAGUUCUCUAGAUUCAAGGAUCUUCAGGCCCACUAUCGAUCUGUACACAAGAGAAAAGGAUAUAUUUUGUGCUGCAAAGUGAAGUUGAGUCGAACGGCUAGAAUUCUUCAGCACAUUGAAUUCCACAUGAACCCGAACGUCUUCAAGUGUGACGAAUGCGGGAAGACUUUCAAGAACAAGCUGGGCUUGCAGCAGCACAAGGUGAACAGUCACACCCCGAAGGAGCUGCACUUAUACAAGUGUCCAAAAUGCCCGAGGACUUUUAUGCAUCAGCAGCGCUUCAGGACGCAUUCUGCUGUUCAUGCAGAGCAGAGGAACCACAUUUGUCCGGAAUGUGGCAAAGCAUUUCCCACAAAAGGCAGACUUAAGGCUCAUGUUAUGAAUAUGCACCAAGAAGUGUCCUAUCACGUCUGCGAAAUUUGCGCCAAGAUGUUUAAGAGUAAGGACUGCUUCCUUGAUCACCAACGAACACACACUGGAGAGAAGAUUGAGAAGGUUCCUUGUCCAACUUGUGGCAAAUUCUUCAGCGAGAAGCGGUUGAAAGUUCACAUGAAGCGCCACAAUGAGUCUGACGAGGUGUUCCGGUGUCACCUCUGCGACAGGGAAUCAAACAGUCAGACAUCCCUGAAUCGGCAUAUAAAAUAUGUUCACAUGAGCGAAAGAAAGUACAAGUGUAAUCUUUGCGAGAGUUCCUUCAAAAGGCCAGUUGAUCUCCGUGAACACAUGGCGACUCACACUUCCAACCAGAUCCUCUACACUUGCCUCUUCUGCCCAAAGCAGUUUAACAGCAAUGCCAACAAGUAUAAUCAUCAGAAGGUGAAACAUCCGGAGGAAUAUCAAGCUAUGAAAGAGAAGCGAUUCGCUGAAGCUAACGCUGCUCCAUGAUAAAUUCCUACCCUGAUAAUUUUGGUUUGUGAAACUCUAAAUGCAAUAAAGAUACUGU